UCAAUUAUUUGCCUAAGUACUUUGGAAGAUUGGUAGGGUGAAUCACCAACAUGUCUAAGCAAGUUUCCAGUAGCACUAUGCCACAGGAGAAGCUCUUGCUGAACCCAUUUGAAGUCAGUGACGAUCAGAUCUUGGAGAGAAUAUACAUAACCCAUUUCCAUUGUGUUGAGAAGUAUGACGUUGGAGUUCUUUAUAGUGUUGCUUCAAAUGUUAUCAAACACUCAAUUGAAAUUGCUGACAUGAUUAUCAAGGAUGGCCAACAAAUUGAACAAGUCAGAGAAGAAACGGAUCCAUUAACCUCUUUCCAACGACUCCCUGCCAUGAAGCGAAUUGCUUGCCAGAUGAUGUGCACUGCUCGCGGCGAGCAAUAUGCGCAUCAAACAACAAUGUUGAUACUUGAACAGCUGAGAGAUUAUUCCUGGGAUGCAAAAGCAGUGAUAGUACUAGCAGCAUUUGCUCUGGAGUUUGGAAAGUUUUGGCAACUUGCGCAUAUCCCACGUGACAAACUUGGACAAUCAUUGGCAGAGUUGAAUGGACUUCAAAGCAUCAUGGAAAACAUACAGCACCUGGCUAACUUUAACAAUUUGGUGAAGAAGAUUGUGCAAGUGGUUAAAUGCAUCACUGAUUGGAAGAAGAUGAUUACUGCGGAGUAUAACGUAAAGGAUGUGCCUUCUUUGACGGACACUUUGCACGAGAUUCCUGUUCUUGCAUACUGGACAAUCAGCACAUUGGUCACUUGUACCAGCCACAUUGAUUUCUUGGGUGAUAAGGGUUACAGAUACGAUUUAUCCAAAUUUGACUAUAAGCUUGACUUCAUUCUCAAAAAUUUCAAGGACCACCAGGACAAGUGCAGCACACAGAUAGGGCAAAUAGAAGAUUACUCGAGGCGCAAGGAUAUUAUCACUUCCAUUCAAACUGAUACACAAAUUGAUAUUGUAAAAUUUUUGGAAGCUCUUAUUAUCCCCAGUUAUUCCCAGGAUUCCAGACCAAUAGUGUAUAAUGGUCUUACUGGACCACAGGUUGCAUUAGGAGAGUUUAAGAAUAAGCAUGUCUUAUUGUUCAUUUCUGGCCUUGACCACAUUGACAAUGAGAUUCAGCUUUUAAAAUCGAUCAAUGCGAAAUUGAAGGAAGAACCAAACGAGCUGGAGGGUUAUAGGAAAGAGGAUUUCAAGAUUUUGUGGAUCCCCAUAGUGAGUGUUUGGGAUGAAGAGCAAAAGAAAAAGUUAGAUGUUACUAAGGUUGAGUGGUAUGUGGUGAAGGAAUUCAAUUUCCAAACAGGUAUUGAUCUGAUAAAAGAGGUAUUCAAUUACAAAGGUAACCCCAUUAUCAUGCUCAUAAGCCCUGAGGGUAAAGUGGAAAACUCUGAUGCAAAGCAGAUUAUUUCCAAAUGGGGGAUUGAUGGCUUCCCUUUCAGAACCUUAGAUCACACUCGACUCACUCAGCAAUGGAACUGGUUUUGGAAUGAAAUGAUCACCCUCAGUCCUAUAAUAAGAGAAUUGAUCAAAAGGGACUCUUACAUCUUCAUAUAUGGAGGCACCAACACUAAGUGGAUCCAAGAUUUCACCACAGCUGUGGAGAAAUUGAAAAAGAAUGAAACUCUUACCCUAGAGGAAGAAACCACAAUUGAGUCCUAUCCAUUGGGAAGGGACAGCCCAAAGAUUGUUCCGCGCUUCUGGAUCACCAUUGACAACUUGCUUGCUAGCAGGAAACUAACAAAAAAGGGUAGUGAACAAGUGCAAGAUUCUACAACCAGAGAGAUUCAGAAAUUGAUGUUCCUCAAACAAGAUCCACUUGGAUGGGCCAUUCUUACAAAAGGGUCUCAUGUGAAGCUCCUAGGUCAUGGUGAUGCUAUGCUUAGAACUGUCACAGACUUUGAGAGUUGGAAAGGGACAAUGCACAAUGAAGUGAGCUUUGAUGUAGCUUUCAAGAACUACUAUGAUAAAUGCAAGGUUAAGAGUGUUCCUCCCAAAUGUGAACAUAGGGAAUUUGCCAAUUACCCCACUGACAUUCUAGCUCACAUACCAUGUCCAAAUAAGUGUGGACAUGAAAUGGAAGUUUCUUCUGUUAAAUACAUGUGUUGUCAUGGUCGUGAAGCCAGUGACAUUGCCUAAGACAAAUGCAUGAAAUAACUGCUACAUGCUCAGUGGUUUCUUCAUUUCAUGAAUGAGACUUCUUCUUCAAGUUUGGUUUAAAUUUUUGUGUGUAGAUGGGGCAAUAUAUUUUUAGUAUAUAUUGAUUCUUAUGCAGUUUGCCUUAGAUGAGUAUUAUAUUGAGUGAAUUGUUUUGAAAGAAUAACUAGUUCUGUGCUCUGCUUGACUGGCGCAGAAUCAUAUUCAAUCCCUUCCUGCUCCCCAAGCUUUUGGUUCAGUUAAAUAUACAGUCAACUAUUUGGCUCAUGCACUCAUCAUUGUAACGAAAUUUAAGUAUUGUUGAAACAAAAAGUUCAAAUUGACCAAUAAA